AUGUCCGCAAAACCGGAAGAUGUCGAUCUCGAACUCGGCGACGAACCAUAUGACUCCGCCGAAGAUGAAGAUUUCGAAUUAGACGCAGUCCAAGACGAAGGAUCCGAGUUAUCCUCAGACUCCGAAGCCGAAGCCGAAGUAGCCCAGCAACCUGCGAAGAAGAAACGCAAGACAGCAUCAAAGACGAAAAAAGUGAUUAAGGAUGGGCAUGAAGAAGAGUUGGAUUCUGGCGACGAAGCGACCAUUCAGAAGGCCAAGGACAGGAAGCAGAGGAAACAAAAGGGACAACAAGCUAAAGGGAAAGGUGGUGGUGAAGAUGAGGAUGAGGAGGAGGAAGUUGAUUUUGAUGAUGACGAGGAGGGUGGGACUGGGGGGUUUGUUCGAACAAGGGCCAUGAAGAUGCGAACACAAGAAGAGCGAAAACCACUUGCGAAAAUCGACGGCGCUACAGUCGACGUGAACGCGCUAUGGGAGAAGAUGAACGCUACUGAUCCCGGCACCGUCGUGCUUCCUACACACACUGAGAAACUUGACGACACUCCAGCGCAGGAAGAAAAGAAAGAAGCUACGGUCCAGGAGAAUGCCGCAGUUAAAGAACCACACCAACAAUCCAAAUACCCAGAAGAAAUGGUCAAAAUCAAACGUACCUACAAAUUCGCCGGCGAAAUGAUCACGGAAGAGAAAGUCGUUCCCAAAGGCUCCGCCGAAGCGAAGAUCUUCCUCGCCCAAGGCGAGAAUGUCGACGCCGUAACUACAGCCGAUGUCGACGCUGCCGCUAAUGUCAAAGCCACCCUUAAGCUCCGUCGACCGCUCCGCAAAGUAUCCCGUUUCGACCCCAACCCGACCGGUGCUAUCAAGAAGAGCUGGGAGAAGCAUCCAGUUGCGGAAGCAAUGGAGAAAACACGGGGCCCGAAGAUCAAUACGGUCGAGAAAUCACGGCUGGAUUGGGCAGCGUAUGUGGAUCAGGCUGGGAUUAAGGACGAGCUUACGGUGCACAGCAAAGCGAAGGAGGGAUAUCUUGGUCGGAUGGAAUUCUUGGAUCGUGUGGAUGCCAAGAAAGAAGAGGAGAGGAGGAAUGUGAGGUUGAAGAAGCUAUAG